GUUACAUGGGAAUUACACAUAUCAGUUCGAGGCGGGAUACGGUCUAGUGCGGAUUUAAAUUACUUUCGACCGACCAGGGCCGGGCACAGAGUGAUCGCAAAGUGAGUUCAGAGUUUUGUUUGUGACCUUUGCUAGGUGUGAGCAAUAUUUAAAUCAUCCAAGUUGGCGUUGAAUACGCGUAUUUACACGGACUAGUCGAAAUUGAACGUCGCAGUCAUGUCGGCGAAACAGAACGGCGUCCAUGCGCUCAAGCUGAUCACUACGAUCACCAAUAAGUAUCCAACUUUCCGUGAUGAACCACUAAAAACUCCGUACCGAUGGCUGGAAGGGAGACGCCACGACGACGGUGCCGAAGGGCUUUGGCGAAUUCAUGACACGCUGUACGAUUUGACGGAUUUUGUCGAGCGGCAUCCGGGAGGACGGGAUUGGAUUCAGUGGACAAAGGGAACGGACAUCACAGAACUGUUCGAGACGCAUCACAUCACCACGAGGGCGGAAGGUUUACUUCCCAAGUUCAAGGUUCGGGAAGCCAAACAACCUCGAAAUGUGCGAUUGUCCUUCAAAGAUAAUGGAUUUUACCGCACGUUGAAGCGAAGAGUUCGUGACAAGCUGCCCGAACUUGACAAGUCACCAAUCAAGACGUCCAAUUUGAUAAUUGAUUCACUGUUGGGAGCGGCAUUCAUGUUCUCCUUUCUGGCGAUCAAAUUCAACAGCUAUCUGCUGGCGGUUGCGUGUGCACUUUGUGUCAACUGGACGGUGAUAUCUGCCCAUAAUUACUUCCACCAGAAGGACAACUGGAGGAUGCGACUGUUCAACUUGGCGUUUUUCAGUUAUAGGGAAUGGCGAAUAUCGCAUGCAAUGUCCCAUCAUCAUUAUGCGAACUCGAUACUCGAUUUGGAAAUAUCCUACUUCGAACCGUUUCUGUGCUGGCUGCCGAACCCGGAGACAAAGGGAGUUGUGAAGCGUUUCGGGGCCUGGAUCUAUGGACCGCUUGUUUACUCGAUGCUUUGUUUAGCAGAAUUCGCUAAAAGACUUGUAGAAUCCAUUCAAACUGGGAAGAGCAGUUUCUUCGCGGACGACAUGAUAGCGUUUGCGUUGCCCACCUUCAUGUACUUGGUUGACUCGAGUAGUGUGUUGAAUGUCCUGAAACUGUGGUUCUUUAUUGUAUUGGUGGCGAGUUUUGCUUUCGCAUUGAUUGGAUUGAACGCUGCGCAUCAUCAUCCGGAAAUAUUUCACUCCGGUGAUGAAAUUCCGGAUGAAAUUGAUUUUGGCGUAUACCAAAUUGCCACCGUCAUCGAUCGGUCGGACAUCAAGGGAUCUCAUUUUGCGGUAUUGACCCAUUUCGGGGAUCACUGUUUGCAUCACAUGUUUCCCACGUUGGACCACGGAAUACUGCCCCAGUUGUAUCCGAUUUUUCACGAGACAUGCAACGAGUUCGAAACCGUGUACAGGGAAUGCAAUUGGCUGCGUCACAUUAUCUCCCAGCACCAGCAAUUGGCACGUGUCGAAUCGCGAACCUACGAUCCCCGGGCUAAGUUUACGUGAACAAGGCAAACCAAAGAAUGCCGACAGUGCUUGGAAAUAUCUAAAGUCGUAGAACAAAUAUUAGCAAGAUAUUCAGGGAUAGGGCUAUGAGAAGCCAGUGAGAUUUCCCAGGGCGGGAUGUGUGAUUAAUUUCAGCGAUUGUUUUCCACGAAAAUUCGUGGCAGAAUGAAAAGUAGAAGACUUUUUUGUUUGCAGUAGAACGUAGUUUGGGGACUCUUAGUAGAAGUAAUCAAUUUUAACAAAUGGGAUUAUAUCACCAGUGAUAUUUAAACUUUACACACUUUUAAAAGUGUGCGAUUUUUUAUAUUUUUAUUUUGAAUGUAAAAUAAAGACUGUAUAUGAUACUUGUA